AUUUCACAACCUCACCCGCUACACGGCAGCAUGGACCAAUGAUCCCGACGCUCAUCCAAUUUCUAUGCUCUCAGCGCUGCACGGUACGGUACGACAGUGAUGGUUCCGCAUGCGACGGGAGCAUCUGAGCGCAGGCGCUCCUCUUCUUCUGUCCAGUCCAACAACACCUCUGCCCUGCAAUCGAACAAGUUUCCCGACUUUGUGCAGGAGCACGCCGCCGCCGCCGCCGCCGCCGCUGCCACCAACCCGUUCGACGAAGACGUCUACAACGACAUCUCGCGAGGCCCCAGUCCGCGCCCACUCCCCAAUGGCCUCCCGCCCGGACUGCACUCUAGCGAGCGAUGGCCCGCGCGCAAGUCUCGCGAGACCAGCUCCCGACUACUGCCUAACGGCGGCGCAGGCAUGAAUGCUGGCACAAAGACGAGACAUGGCAGGCAAAAGAGCUUGAGCGAAGCUAUCAGCACGGUGAGGACACGCGGACGCGGCGCCAGCAUCCAUGAGAAUGUACACGAGAUCGCCGAGUCGCUGAAAGCGCCCGUGUCCAUGAAGCUAGUCGGCCUCUGCGCCUUUUGGUACAUGACGUCCAUCAUCACCAACACCUCGUCCAAGGCCAUCUUGACCUCUCUGCCCAUGCCCGUAACCUUGACCAUCAUCCAGUUCGCCCUCGUGUCCUUUUGGUGUGUCUUCUUCGCAUGGCUCGCAAAGCGCAAUGCGUCGGUCCGCAACGCUCUGCCCGUCCUCAAGAACGGAAUUAGGAGACCCAACAAGGAGAUCAUCAUGGCGACCCUGCCUCUGACUGCCUUUCAGAUUGGCGGCCACAUUCUCAAUUCCGAUGCCAUGUCCAUGAUCCCCGUGUCCUUGGUCCACACCAUCAAGGGUCUCUCGCCUCUGAUGACCGUCAUGGCAUAUCGAAUCUUCCUCAAUGUCCGAUAUUCGGUGCCCACCUAUCUCUCUCUGAUCCCUUUGACUCUGGGUGUCAUUCUGGCUUGCUCCGCCAGCUUCCGAGCCAACUUCCUUGGACUCAUCUACGCCUUCGGCAGCGCAAUCCUCUUCGUCACGCAGAACAUCGUCUCCAAGAAGAUCUUUACCGACUCUGCACGAGCAGAAGCCGACGGAGUUCCUGUGGGGCGUCGGAAGCCCGACAAGCUCAACCUGCUCUGCUACUCCUCCCUCAUGGCACUUCUCUUCACCAUUCCCAUCUGGUUUUGGUCCGAAGGCAUCACACUGCUGGGAGACUUUCUCUACGACGGAUCCAUUGACCUGAACGUCAGGCCCAACUCUCUGGACCAUGGCCGCCUGACUCUGGAGUUCCUCUUCAAUGGCACUUUCCACUUUGCUCAAAGUCUGGUGGCGUUUGUGCUGCUCGGCAUGACUUCACCCGUGACAUAUUCAGUCGCCAGCCUCAUCAAACGCGUCGCCGUGAUUGUCUUUGCCAUUAUUUGGUUCGGCAAGCCCAUGACUCGAACCCAGGGUGCAGGCUUCCUUCUCACGUUUGUAGGAUUAUAUCUCUACGAUCGGACCUCUGAUGCCGACAAGAGGGACAAACAAAUGCGCGAGAGAGACGCUUCCGCAAAUCACCUGUUGCCAUUGAACUUGGGAGACACGAAAAAGAACGACGCGGCACCAGCCCCAUUUACCCAGUCACCUCUGGGGCUAGAGCAUAGCAGCGGCCAGCAGCAGCAUCAUCAGCAGCAGCAGCAGCAACAUGGUGGGUUCAACGGUAUCAGUGGAUACGCCCAUGGGAAUUAUGCUGUUGGGAGCGGACCCGGAAGACCCCAUCAGAACGGUUCUGUGCCUGGUGCCAAUCAUCAUGGCGGCUUCCCGCAUCCCUCAUCACUUGCUCCAGGGACGAAAGCUCAAGAAACGUGGAGCCCGGGCGAUGUCGUUGUUCGUAAAAGUCUGUCUACAUAGAUUUGAAUCAAAUCACA